GGGGAGGAGAGAAAGAGACAGACAAGACGAUCAGAGGAGAGAGUGCUGGGUGAUGGGACGCAGCAGCCACUGAAUACCCACAAGGAUAUUAGCAGAGAAUAUAUAAAUGCAGAGAGGACAAGCAGCAGACACCUGCACCAGAGCCCUCAGCAUCCUCCUGCACACAGCACAAGGACCAUGAUGAGCUGCUGCUGCUGCUGCUGAUCCUGAAACCGAUGAUCCUUCCCUUGUGAAGAAAACUGAAAGAAUACCCUGUAUCCAUAACUAUUUCUUCAGAUAACUUUGUCAUAAACUCCCUGGAGACUGGUGCUACCGGAUUUACUCACCAUGACCACCCACGUGACGCUGGAAGAUGCGUUAUCUAACGUGGACCUACUGGAGGAGCUGCCCCUCCCUGAUCAGCAGCCAUGCAUUGAGCCUCCGCCGUCCUCCAUAAUGUACCAGGCCAACUUUGAUACCAACUUUGAGGAUCGGAAUGCCUUUGUAACUGGUAUAGCCAGGUACAUUGAACAAGCUACGGUCCACUCCAGCAUGAAUGAGAUGCUGGAAGAGGGGCAGGAGUACGCUGUCAUGCUGUACACAUGGCGGAGCUGUUCCCGAGCCAUUCCACAGGUGAAGUGUAACGAGCAGCCAAACCGCGUGGAGAUUUAUGAGAAGACGGUGGAAGUCCUGGAACCUGAGGUCACAAAACUGAUGAAGUUUAUGUAUUUCCAGCGUAAAGCGAUUGAGCGGUUCUGCAAUGAAGUGAAGAGACUGUGUCACGCCGAGCGCAGGAAGGACUUUGUGUCAGAGGCGUACCUGCUCACACUGGGGAAAUUUAUCAAUAUGUUUGCUGUGCUGGACGAGCUAAAGAACAUGAAGUGCAGUGUGAAGAAUGACCACUCUGCGUAUAAGCGUGCUGCCCAGUUUCUCAGAAAGAUGGCUGACCCUCAAUCCAUCCAAGAGUCUCAGAAUCUCUCCAUGUUCUUAGCCAACCAUAACAGGAUCACUCAGUGCCUGCACCAACAGCUUGAGGUGAUCCCCGGUUACGAGGAGCUGCUGGCUGACAUUGUGAAUAUCUGUGUGGAUUACUACGAGAAUAAAAUGUACCUAACUCCAAGUGAGAAGCACAUGCUGCUGAAGGUGAUGGGUUUCGGGUUGUACCUGAUGGAUGGAAAUGUCAGCAACAUUUAUAAACUGGAUGCUAAGAAGAGGAUCAACCUAAGUAAAAUUGACAAAUUCUUCAAGCAGUUGCAGGUGGUACCGCUCUUUGGAGACAUGCAGAUAGAGCUUGCCAGAUACAUUGAGACCAGUGCUCACUAUGAGGAGAACAAGUCCAAGUGGACCUGCACCCAGAGCAGUAUCAGCCCCCAGUACAAUAUCUGUGAGCAGAUGGUGCAGAUACGAGACGACCACAUACGCUUCAUCUCCGAGCUGGCUCGCUACAGCAACAGCGAGGUUGUAACCGGAUCCGGUCUGGACAGCCAGAAAUCGGAUGAAGAGUACAGGGAGCUGUUUGACCUGGCACUGCGGGGACUCCAGCUCCUGUCUAAGUGGAGCGCCCAUGUCAUGGAAGUGUAUUCCUGGAAGUUGGUUCAUCCUACAGACAAGUUCUGUAACAAAGAUUGCCCAGGCACGGCGGAGGAGUAUGAGCGGGCUACGCGCUAUAACUACACCAGCGAGGAAAAAUUUGCCUUUGUGGAGGUGAUUGCCAUGGUGAAGGGUCUGCAGGUUCUCAUGGGCCGCAUGGAGAGUGUGUUUAAUCAAGCCAUACGCAAUACCAUAUAUGCAGCCCUGCAGGAUUUUGCCCAGAGCGCCCUGCGGGAGCCCCUCCGCCAGGCCGUGCGCAAGAAGAAGAAUGUGUUGAUAAGUGUUCUGCAGGCAAUACGGAAGACCAUCUGUGACUGGGAAGGAGGCCGAGAGCCCCCCAAUGACCCAUGUCUGCGCGGAGAGAAGGACCCUAAAGGUGGCUUUGACAUUAAAGUUCCUCGGAGAGCAGUGGGACCCUCCAGCACUCAGCUGUACAUGGUGCGUACAAUGCUGGAAUCAUUAAUCGCUGAUAAGAGUGGUUCUAAAAAGACUUUACGCAGCAGUCUGGAUGGCCCGAUCGUGCAGGCAAUAGAGGAGUUCCACAAACAGUCUUUCUUCUUCACUCACCUGCUUAACUUCAGCGAGGCUCUGCAGCAGUGCUGUGACCUGUCCCAGCUCUGGUUCCGGGAGUUCUUCCUGGAGCUCACUAUGGGGCGACGCAUCCAGUUCCCCAUCGAGAUGUCCAUGCCCUGGAUCCUUACUGACCACAUCCUGGAGACCAAGGAGCCCUCUAUGAUGGAGUAUGUGCUAUAUCCCCUCGACCUGUAUAAUGACAGUGCCUACUAUGCUCUGACCAAGUUUAAGAAGCAGUUUCUCUAUGACGAGAUUGAAGCAGAGGUGAAUUUGUGCUUUGACCAGUUUGUGUAUAAGCUAUCUGAUCAGAUCUUUGCUUAUUACAAGGCUAUGUCUGGCAGUGUUCUGCUGGAUAAACGCUUCCGAGCAGAGUGUAAGAACUAUGGCGUGAUCAUUCCAUACCCACCAUCCAAUCGCUAUGAAACACUGCUCAAACAGCGGCACGUCCAGCUAUUGGGCAGAUCCAUCGACUUGAACAGGUUGAUCACUCAGCGGAUCUCGGCCGCUAUGUACAAAUCCUUGGACCAGGCGAUCAGUCGCUUUGAGAGUGAGGAUCUGACCUCUAUUGUGGAGCUGGAGUGGCUACUUGAUAUUAACCGCCUCACUCACCGGCUCCUCUGCAAGCACCUGACCCUGGACAGUUUUGACGCCAUGUUCCGGGAAGCCAAUCACAACGUGUCCGCUCCUUAUGGGAGAAAUACACUACACGUCUUCUGGGAGCUCAAUUUCGACUUCUUGCCCAACUAUUGUUACAAUGGCUCGACCAACCGGUUUGUCCGUACAGCAAUCCCUUUCACCCAGGAGCCACAGAGGGACAAGCCAGCAAAUGUUCAGCCAUAUUAUCUGUAUGGGUCAAAGCCCCUCAAUAUUGCCUACAGUCACAUAUACAGCUCAUACCGCAACUUUGUGGGUCCACCCCACUUCAAGACCAUCUGCCGCUUGCUGGGUUAUCAGGGUAUCGCCGUGGUGAUGGAGGAACUGCUGAAAAUCGUCAAGAGCUUGCUUCAGGGAACGAUACUGCAGUAUGUGAAGACUCUUAUUGAGGUCAUGCCAAAAAUCUGUCGUCUGCCUCGGCAUGAGUACGGAUCUCCAGGGAUCCUAGAGUUCUUCCACCACCAGCUAAAGGACAUCAUUGAGUAUGCCGAGCUAAAGACGGAUGUGUUCCAGAGCCUGCGGGAAGUAGGGAACGCAGUGCUCUUCUGUCUGCUCAUCGAACAGGCUCUGUCCCAAGAGGAGGUGUGUGAUCUCCUUCAUGCCGCACCCUUCCAGAAUAUAUUACCACGUGUCUACAUCAAAGAGGGGGAACGCCUGGAGGUGAGGAUGAAACGACUUGAGGCCAAAUACGCUCCGCUCCAUCUAGUCCCUUUAAUAGAGAGGCUGGGCACGCCACAGAGAUAUGCUCAUUCACAUGUUUUCGUACAGCAAAUUGCCAUUGCCCGGGAGGGAGACCUCCUGACCAAAGAGCGGCUGUGCUGUGGUCUCUCCAUGUUUGAGGUCAUCCUGACUCGGAUCCGCAGCUACCUGCAAGACCCCAUCUGGCGUGGGCCACCCCCCACUAACGGAGUAAUGCAUGUGGAUGAAUGUGUGGAGUUCCACCGUCUCUGGAGUGCCAUGCAGUUUGUCUACUGUAUUCCCGUGGGGACCAAUGAAUUUACAGCAGAACAGUGUUUUGGGGAUGGAUUAAAUUGGGCAGGCUGCGCCAUCAUCGUGCUCCUGGGUCAGCAGCGCCGGUUCGAUCUAUUUGACUUCUGCUAUCACCUUCUGAAAGUGCAGAGACAGGACGGGAAGGAUGAAAUUAUAAAGAAUGUGCCCCUGAAGAAGAUGGCAGAUCGAAUUCGAAAGUAUCAAAUCCUGAACAAUGAGAUAUUUGCUGUUCUCAACAAAUACAUGAAAUCCGUAGAGAGCGACAGUUCUACGGUGGAACAUGUCCGAUGCUUCCAGCCUCCCAUCCACCAGUCAUUGGCCACCACCUGCUGAGGAAACUGAAACAACUGGAAAAACUCAAGACAAUUCAGACAAAUUCCGUAAUGUUGUGGUGCAUGAUCGUCCUGUUUUCACCGUACACCUCCGUGACACUAUGGAAACAGCAGGACUGUACAAGGAUGUAGCCAUGUCAGAGGGUGUAGACUGACCUGCACUCCUGCCGGGAUCUGGCUGCGGUGAUACAUUACUAAUGAUGACAUCACCACCAGUGUUUGCUAAAGUCUGGUGAUGAGAGUGCAGUAUCAAUGGUUUUAUACUGAUCUGAACCAACUUUUAAGUAUUUUUUUGAUCUAAUAACACAGACAUUAGCCCAGGGCUGGUGUGUAGCCACAGAUUUGUUCUAUCGACCUAUUUAUUGUGACUCUGUACAGUGUUGUGGUAAUCUCAUCUGCUUGGAGAAUGUUGGGUCGUGUUAUCUAAUUAUACAUGUGACCUAUCAGCUCUGCUUACUAGUGUGGACAGGAAGCCGACCAAAUGUGUCCCCUGACUGCUGUUCAUACAGCUCAUGCGCUGGGCCUGAUUUAGAGGUGGACGCUACUUCAUUCGCGACUACGCAGCAGGACUGAGAAUUUAUGGUUAGGCUGCAGCCAAUGUCGUUUACUGCAUCUCUAAUCCGUCGCUUGCGUACAAAGACAUCUGAGCAUCCGUGUCUCUGCUAAGAAUGUCCGUCGGAAACUGCUUAGAAAGUCGCCGGGGCAAGUGAAACUGUGUACAGAGAUGCAGUGUCGGACUGUGACAUGCCUACAACUGACUAGCCCCACACCCCUCCCCGCAACCCACUGUUGCCUCCAAUAAAAGCACACUGACUGCCAAUCACUCUGCGUCCAUAUUCUCACUACAACCGCCAUCUGUAAACCAUUGCGACGUGUGCCCAGGGCGCAUGCACAGUACAAAACCAUCGCCAUAGCAUCCACCUGUCAAUCAGGCCCUGUAUCGCUAGUUUUUUUUUCUCAUUAUAACAGAUUUGUAUACAUGUACUGUGGCAACAUUUUGAACUGUUUUUAUCGUUUUUUUUCCUUAUAUGUUUUAGCAACAACAAAAAAAACAUCAUGUUAAAUUAUUUUGCUUCUUUUUUUUUUUGCCAGUGAAUAAAAAAAAUAAAAUUCUGGUACAUAGAUCCCUGACUGAUGGUAUCUACACCACCACGCAUUUUAUUGAUGCAGUGUUCUUUUACCUAAAACAGAGUGCUUACCAGAUAGGAAGUGGUUAUGUGGUUGACAUUACUGCGGCUGAAAAGCAUUAUGCCGACGGAAGAAUGCCGACAGGGUUGUAAUGUUAUUUAAAGCAUUCUGUGUCGGCAUUAUUACUUUGAACGUAAUUCUUUCCGGUCAUAUUUAAAGUUAGAAUGCAGACACAGUUAAAAAUCUUUGAUUAACAUUUCAACCGUGUCAGCAUUCUCCUGUCAGCAUAAUGCUAUGUGACUGUCAGCAAUAAUGUUGAACACGCAUAUGAGCUAUCAAUUUGUCCUGGUAUACACUAGAAACAGGCCUUACAUAUUUGUGUCACGUAAAUCGUUUAGAAAGAAUUCUGUAGAAUAUACAGGUUGAGUCUCCCUUAUCCAAAAUGCUUGGGACCAGAGGUAUUUUGGAUAUGGGAUUUUUCCGUAUUUUGGAAUAAUUAGAUACCAUAAUGAUAUAUCAUGGUGAUGGGACCUAAGUCUAAGCACAGAAUGCCUUUAUGUUUCAUAUACACCUAAUACACACAGCCUGAAGGUCAUUUUAGCCAAUAUUUUUAAUAACUUUGUGCGUUAAACAAAGUGUGUGUAUAUUCACAAAAUUCAGUUAUGUUUCAUAUAUACCUUAUACACACAGCCUGAAGGUCAUUUAAUACAAUAUUUUUAAUAACUUUGUGUAUAAAACAAAGUUUGUGUACAUUGAGCCAUCAGAAAACAAAGUUUUCACUAUCUCACUCAAAAGAUUCCGUAUUUCGGAAUAUUCCGUAUUUCGGAAUAUUUGGAUAUGGGAUACUCAACCUGUAUAAUAUUGUGGAAUAUAUUAAUAGGUCAAGUUUUUUUAUUGAUUGAAUGAGUUCUUGCAUGUGUUACAUUAUAGCUAUUCUUUAGUAAUUAAGCAUUGUCCACUGGUCCAAUCAAAGCUCAUUAUUGACAGGCAGCAAUGGGUUCAAGGUAACACCUAUAUUAGUAUAUACAGUGGCUUACACAAGUAUUCAUCACCACUAAAGGUGAAAACAUUUGUAUGUAUUACAAAUGACACACGGAUUGUUCCAGACAGUAUUUUUAUUGCAAGGCAGUAGAUUCUUACAGUAAAUUUUCAAACUCAUGAUUCAUUAUUUUUCUGCAGAUUUUCUUUUUUAAAAUGAAAAAUUAUGCUUGCAUGAGUAUUCAGCCCCUGUGCUGUGGAAGCUCCAAGUUUAUACAGAUUAAAUAUAUUACCUGUA